AAGGCUCCCAGAUUUCCCGGUCGCCCUGCAUCAUCUCAUUGAUUAAACCUUCAAUUACCUCAACCAUGUCGCAAGCCACUACGAGGCUUCUGUGGAAGUCUCUUUCCUCCACAACUUCGACACAAUGCCGACGAUGCAUCUCCCAAUCGACGUUUCCUAAGCAGACCCGGCCGACUGCCGCUGCGCCGAGCAUGCUCCAAACGAGGCCUUCCCCGGCGCAAAGGAGGACGAAGACGUUUAAGACCGUAGAGGAGGCAAAGAGCAGAUACAGAGCAGGGCCCUUUUCAUGGAAGGCGGGCUUGCUGUUCGUUGGAACCGGUGUUGGUUUGACAUGGUACUUUGAGGCCGAGAAGCAGCGCAUGGAGCGCAAGCGCAUCGCGGAGGCGACCAAGGGCAUGGGACGGCCCAAGGUGGGAGGACAAUUCGAGUUGACCGACCAGAACGGCAACAAGUUCACCAGCGAGGAUAUGAAAGGUCGCUACGCACUGGUCUACUUUGGCUUCACGCACUGCCCCGACAUCUGCCCCGACGAACUCGACAAGAUGGCCCAGAUGUACGACCUCGUCGAGAAGCAGCGCCCCGGCUCCGUCCUGCCCCUCUUCAUCACUUGCGACCCGGAGCGCGACACCCCCAAGGUGGUCAAGGAGUACCUGUCCGAGUUCCACCCCAAGUUCAUCGGCCUGACGGGCACCUACGACGAGAUCAAGGCCAUGUGCAAGCUGUACCGCGUCUAUUUCAGCACGCCGCAGCACGUCAAGCCGGGCCAGGAUUACUUGGUGGACCACAGCAUAUACUUUUACCUGAUGGACCCCGAGGGCGACUUUGUCGAGGCGCUGGGGCGGCAGCACUCGCCGUCGCAGGCGGCCAAGAUUAUUUUGGACCAUAUGAAUGAUUGGCAGGGAGGGUGGAAGAAGGAGGAGUAGGCCCGGAGAGGGAGAGAAGAAGAUUGAUGAGAAGUGGGCGGUGUACCAACUUGUGUAAUAUGUACCAUCAGCUGUUAUAUGGAUAGACCUUUGGGCCAUCGUUGCUCCAAGACCACUCAAUCACACUGUAAUACCUUGCGACAUCUGCAGUCGGUGGGACCAGGUUGAGAAUUCGCCCACCUUGGCCAUGCUUUUCAAUGGAUUGAAGACCGAUAUGUUGCUCAAACUGUGGAUAUGGCAGCGGAGGUUUAGCGAUUGCAUUUUGAGGAAG